GACUUCCCCUGGGCUGAGCUGCGCAGCGGGUGCGGAGGGCGGGCGCUCGGCGUCUGGCGGCGGGCAGGGGGCUGUGAGGCUGGCGCGGGUGGGCAGGCGCGCAGCCGCCGACCCUCGGUGGUCUCCUGGGCUGGGGACCCUUCUCUGGGAGUCGGCCCCGGCCCUGGUGGGGCGAGCGUUGCUGGGGCGGAGGGGUGCGCGGCAGCGAGUCCUGCGUGAUCGCGAGCAUGUGGUUUUGGCCAAAUUGGGCGAGGGCACAAAAUAACCACUUACCCCUUCUCACCGAGGAAGAGCGGGAGAAAGGGUAUGGCACAGUCACAAGGGUGGGUGAAAAGAUACAUCAAGGCCUUUUGUAAAGGCUUCUUUGUGGCGGUGCCUGUGGCAGUGACUUUCUUGGAUCGGGUCGCCUGUGUGGCAAGAGUAGAAGGAGCAUCGAUGCAGCCUUCUUUGAAUCCUGGGGGGAGCCAGUCAUCUGAUGUCGUGCUUUUGAACCACUGGAAAGUGAGGAAUUUUGAAGUACACCGUGGUGACAUUGUAUCAUUGGUGUCACCUAAAAACCCAGAACAGAAGAUCAUUAAGAGAGUGAUUGCUCUUGAAGGCGAUAUUGUCAGAACCAUAGGACACAAAAACCGGUAUGUCAAAGUCCCCCGUGGUCACAUCUGGGUUGAAGGUGAUCAUCAUGGACACAGUUUUGACAGUAAUUCUUUUGGGCCGGUUUCCCUAGGACUUCUGCAUGCCCAUGCCACACAUAUCCUGUGGCCCCCAGAGCGCUGGCAGAAAUUAGAAUCUGUUCUUCCUCCAGAGCGCUUACCAGUACAGAGAGAAGAGGAAUGACUGCAUGAAUCUCCCUGAGUGGCUGGCAUUGGGAUGCCAGUUACUGGAGAGGAAUGGAAAAACGAAACCUCCAAAAGGGAAAAACUUCCAACAAUAUGAUGCUGUGUGAGAAAAAUUUACAGCACAUUAAGACGAUCUGUAUUAUUAAAUAAAUAAUUUUCAAAUGUUAAACAGUAUUAAAUGGCACCUAAUUUUGUGUUAAAUUUCAGUUUCCUGUUGUUUAAUGCCCCCAAAAUAUGCAGCUCUUUGAGAAUAUAAAAAUACUGCACCCACGUGUCUUAAUGGGGCUAAAUUUCAGAUUAUUUGUUACAUAUACUUAUUAUAUUGAUUGUUGGGUUUUGAUUUUGGUGCUUGCUGCUGAAAUAAAUUGAAAAUUAAUAUUCAAUAAAAAUGAUGUGUUUGCCACUUACUGUUAAGGUAGAACAAGAAGGAACACAUAUUAUACAUAUAAUGAUGGGAAUUAUAUUGUGAUUUGUAGUAUCUACAAAGUAGUAACUGCCAGUUAGGAAGAACAGUAAAUAGUGAUGUUAAAAUAAAACAAUGAUUUGU